GGCUACACUGUAAUCUAUGCUGCCCUGCUGACAAUUACUCAACUGUGGCGGAACUGUUGUCAGCCUUUUUUUGUGGGACACUUUACUUGUAAAAAAUAUAUAUCUGUCAAAUCACUGUGGAGCUGCGGUUGUCCACACGGGGAGUAAGAUAAGAAAAUACUGAUAAAAGACAGAAAGAAAGAAGAGGAAGGAGUGGCAGCUGGACUGUCCGCAAUGGAAGCCGAGUUUCGGGAAAUCGAUGAAAACGGGAGUUGGAGCGCCAUUUAUCAGGACAUUCGUCAGCAGUCAUGUGAACUCCCUUGCAAGGUUGCCAAAUCACCCGAAAAUAAAACUCGGAAUCGUUACAGGGAUGUUAGCCCAUUUGACCACAGCAGAAUAUGUCUGCAGCUGGGUGGGAAUGACUACAUUAAUGCCAGCCUAAUAACAGUAGAGGAGGCACAGAGGAACUAUAUCCUUACUCAGGGACCCCUUCCAAGUACGUGCGGUCACUUCUGGGAGAUGGUGUGGGAGCAGAGGACUCACGGUGUGGUGAUGCUGAACCGAGUCAUAGAGAAAGGAUCCGUUAAAUGUGCCCAGUAUUGGCCGCACAGAGAAGAGAAAGAUGCUGUCUUUGAGGAUACCCAUUUCAAGCUUACCUUCGUUUCAGAAGACAUCAAAUCUUAUUACACAGUCCGUCAGCUGGAGUUGGAAAAUCUGUCUACACAAGAGACUCGAGAGAUUUUACAUUUUCACUACACCACUUGGCCUGACUUUGGGGUACCAGAGUCCCCUGCCUCCUUCCUGAACUUCCUGAUCAAGGUGCGAGAGUCAGGUUGUCUCAAUUCGGACCAGGGACCAGUGGUGGUGCACUGCAGCGCUGGCAUCGGACGCUCUGGGACCUUUUGUCUCGUGGACACUUGCCUCUUAUUGAUGUCCAUGCGUAAGGACCCGUCUUCAGUGGGCAUCCGUGACGUUCUGCUGGAGAUGAGACGCUAUCGUAUGGGCUUGAUUCAGACAGCAGAUCAGCUUCGCUUCUCCUACCUUGCUGUAAUUGAAGGUGCCAAAUACAUCAAGGGAGAUACCUCUCUGCAGGAGUCGUGGAAAGAGCUCUCAAACGAGGAGGACGAUCCACCAGAGUUCACCCCUCCGCCUCCUCUUCCUCCUCCCAGAGACCCUCCAAACGGCAGAGUUGAGCCAUCGUUUUUUCCAGACAGCGAUGAGAUCAUCCCACAGAUGGAAGUCCGCAGUCUUGGGUCCUCUCAAGAGGCCAAUCUGCGAAAGAGACCCAUCGCUGUCCCGCAGCCUCCUUCCGACAGUGAUGAUCAGCUCGACGGUCACCUGGAAAUACAAGAUCGUACCUCCAAAGCUCCGACCAAAUCCCAGCAGCAGCACGAGAACGAGGAGCACGAGUCGCCUGAGUUGCCCGAGGCAGCGGAGCAGCCAAAGGAAAACUCUCCUGUGCCGGGGACCUGGUCCCCUCUACUAGCCAACGUGUGCCUGGGCACUGCACUGGCUCUCAGUGCUUACGUCUGUUAUCGAGCCUAUUUCCACUGAUGUCUGUCCUUCCUGCUCCUUUUUUUGUUCCUCCCUUUCUCUCCACUGUUGUUGCAAAGUGGAAUAGGCUGGCCAAUCAGCCUGCUUUGACUCUGGGUUUACUCUGCGAGUGAGCGGAUUAAUUGGACUUCAGCAGAUUCAGGUUCACUUGUUUAAUUUUACAAAUGCAGUGCGAAGGGUUGGCUGCUUGGAAAAAAACCCCAAAACAAAACAGGUUGCCAAUCCUUAUUACCCACCCAAACGUUCUUUCAACAUGUCAUUAUGGAUGCUCAGGGCCUCAGUUUUUCAGGUGUCACAUCCCAAAUAUAUGUGCCGACUUAAACACAGACUGAAUAUGUAUCGCAGUCCGUGGAGGAAAAGGGUUUGUUGCAGCUCCCCUGUUCUGUGAACCAGGAUGAAUGGCCUGUCAGCCCAUUUUACAUGCAUCUCCUCUUUAAUUUACCAAAUGACACUUGUGUGAGUGUUCUUCCAUUUCAUCCUUUUACUAAUAUGUCCUCUCAGUUUUCACUUUAUCUUUCUUUUGCUUACAGAAAUGGGUCAGAAAUCAUAGAGCCAGAUUUUUUUUUUGACCAGCCUGUCUGAAAAUAUGCCAGUAAGAGGGAGCGUAUACCUAUUUUUGUUCUCUUGUUAUGGGUCUAUAUUAAACCCAGCAGUUAAGGUGAAGUGUGUGUGUGUGAAAGUGAAAGUAAGAGGGAAGCAACCUUGUGCCUACUAGAUAAGAGAUGCAUCGGUCCUGCAGGAGGCAUGCUGGUUGCGUACAUACAGUCUGUGUGUCAUUGUGUAUGUGUGUAUGUACAUUUGUGCGAGUGGUAGUUAUUUGAGCUUUCUACUGAUGCUUGAGUUAAAUCUACUCUUGUGAGAAAUAUUAAUAUAACAUUUACAGUACGUAAAAUGUGAGAUGUAGACUGGGUUGCCUCCUGUUAUUUGAUCCCCGCUGUAAUUUCUCAUGCUGGUAGUUUGACAGUAACAUACAAAGAAAGUGACUUUAAAGACAAAAUGUUGCAGGGACAAAAUGAGACAUCUCAUUUGUCUGGCAUUUUUAAAUUGGGCAAAAUCUUGAAAUCUAAAGACUUGAAACUUUGUAAGUAGGGGCUGCAAGUAGCGAUUAUUUUCUCGAUUCAUUGUUUCGUUUAUAAAAUGUCAGGAAAUAGUAAAAAAAAAUGCCUGUUUUCAUUUCUUAGAGAUGUCUUUGAAUGUCACAUUUUGUCCGAUCAACAGUUAAAAAUCCAAAGAUAUUUACUUUACUGUGUGUGCCACAAAAAAAAGCUAAAAUCCUCACAAUUUAAGAAGCUGAUGUUUGGCAUGUUUCCUAAAAAAAAAAAAUCACGGUCACUUAGUCUUCUGUCAAAUAAUCGUUUCAUCGUUACUGUUCAAGAGAGCAACUUUUUGAGUCGCGGGUGGAUGAAAAUAAUGUGGAAGCUUUUCAUGCAAAGAGAAUGUGUAUUCCUGUAUAACCUGAGCGCAGCUAAUACACGCUGUAAAGUAACUUUGUGAAUGUGUGUUGAGUCAGCGGAGUCCACGAGAAUGCCAGCUUCAUGAACCGAGACACGAAGUAGCUAACACCCAACUGUUUUUGCCAGCAAUACAAAAUAUUAACAGCGUGUCAUCGCCCUUUUACGUUAUGAAACUUUUCUUCUUUUUUUUAACAAACCAAAAAACCAAACACCAGCACAGGGAUGAAAACAAUACACUGUAGUGAUGAUCUGAUGUAUCAUGACGUGGCUCUGAGCUGGCAAUGUUGUUUUUGUAUGACUAUGUUGAAAGUUUUUUUUUUUUUUUUUUUUAGCAUGCUCCAUUUGUGAAUCAAAAGGUUUGUCCUAAAAAGAGAUUAGUUAAGCUGCUAGCAUUCAGUUUACCUUCGUGACUCAACAAAGUUCAGUACUUGAGUCCGACAGCUGUACCUUUCUUUAGAAUGUAUGAAAGUCCGAAACACGGACAAACCCUUACUAUAUAUUUUUUUCAAAUCAGGUUUCAGUGUGCUGAGUUUUUUGUUGUUGUUGUUGUUUUGCUUUAGUGAGGGAUUAAAUCUCAGCACCUGUGCAGCCAUUGCACCAGGUUUUUCUGUUUUUCUAUACUCAUGCUGAUCUCGAAAACAUGUAUUUUUUUAUUUACAUUUGUUGUUUUCCUUUUUAAAUAAAAUUAAAAAAAAUACUGCCAA